GGUGAAGAUGGUGGUGAUGGUGGUGAUGGUGUUUGUCGUCUGCUGGGCACCACUCCAGGUCAUUAUUCUCUUCGGCGUGCUCAACAAAUACGACAGGCUCCCCGAAUGGUUCUCUCACGUGGAGUUCUUCGCAUACUUCCUGGCGUACAGUAACUCCCUGUGGAACCCCGUGCUUUACGGAGGGUUUAACAACGCCUUUCGCAAGGGUUUCAGCAGACUCUUCAGAUGCCGGAAGCCCACGGUUGUCCUCAACGGUAAGUAGAAGCUGAAGCUGGUGGAAUCGUGGAAUUGUUUAU